GGUAAAUGUCUAUGGGGAACCACGUGGGGAACGCAGCCAUCGAGGCUUCCGUCGUUCCGUCGACGCUACGGAAAUGGGCGUGGUCAUCGGAUUUCUUAGAAAACUUAAACUUAGAAAGCUACGGACACCAAGGGUGGAGACACCGUAAGGACACUUUAGCAGGCAUGUCAAUGAAGCACGCCAAGCCCAACUUCAGCCAGUCUCAGGUGUCUGAGAUGGUGAAGAAACUCUUCAACCUGACUCCAUCUGAAAUCCGCUCGCUGCCCAGCUAUGACGACCAGAACUUUUACGUGGCACCUGUCGAGGGUGGCGAGUAUGUUCUGAAGAUCAUGAACUCUGAGGACAGCAAGAACUCCACUCUUAUUGAGGUGCAGACCCAUGCCAUGUCCUUCCUGCACCAGAAUGGACUCCCUGCCCAAACAGCCGUGCCCACUACCACCGGUCAACUCAUGAGUCUGGAGGAAAUAAAUUGUGGCUAUGGCUGUCAGAAGUACCUGGUGCGGCUGUUGACUUAUUUGCCUGGAACCACUAUUUCCAAGGUUCCUCUUACACCACAGUUACUUUAUGAAACUGGAAAAACUGCAGCCAGAAUGGACACAAUCUUACAAAAGAUGGAACAUCCUCAUCUUAGUGUGCUGCAGAGGGAGGAGUUCAAGUGGAGUCUGUCAUAUGUUCCCAUCCUGGAAACGUACCUCAGUGUGUUAGAUGGAGACCCUCUCCAGGAGGUUGUGAAGUCUGUCAUUCAUCAGUACAAGACCUCUGUGGUCCCCAAAUACUCUAUUUUUCGCAAGUGCAUUAACCAUGGGGACUUCAAUGACCUCAAUGUGCUUGUGCAACCUGAUGAGAGUGACGGCUACAGGAUUUCUGGCAUCCUUGACUUUGGGGACAUGAGCAGUGGCUACUACAUCCACGACCUAGCCAUCACCAUCAUGUACAUGAUGAAUGAGCACCCUUGUCCACUUGAGGUGGGUGGACCUAUCCUAGCAGGCUGGGAAAGUAUCCUUCCCCUCAGUGAGGCAGAGAAAGAUUGCCUCUAUGUAUUGGUGCUGUGCCGCUUCUGCCAGUCGUUGGUUUUUGCCCGUUACUCUGUGACCUUGCAACCCGAAAAUGCAGAAUAUUUGAUGAUUUCAUCCAAGAAGGGCAUCCAUGUUCUCCAUCAUCUCUGGAAGUUAGGAAAGGAGCAUGUGGAAAGAGUGUGGUUCCAGAGUGCUGCCCAAGUCAGUGACAUGAAGUGAGAAAUAUGUGACGAAAGCUAUUUUCAUAUUUCUCCAAGGAUCACCAGUUAAAAGCAAUAUAUUGUUUUCAUAGUGAACGUUUCAGUAAUACUUUUUUGUGUGUAUGCAAGAGGAAGAACUAAUACUGUAUUGAACAAAUGGUAACGGUUACUCCCAGAGUCAUUUAGGUAAUGGUGCAGUACAGUGUGUAACUUCAUAAGUGACUCAUAACAAAUCAUGCAGAGUCACUAAUUUCUGCAAGCCAGUCUUGUGACUACUGAACUAAGGUGCUAUCACUUGUGUAAACAUAGGACAUUCAUUUUCUUAUUAAUUUGACAAUAAUUGUCGUAAUGGUCUCUAUUUAUACAGUAGAUAUAGACAAAUCAACAUAUGAUAUAAUUUUGUCUAUGGAACAAUAUACUGCAUGUGACCUCUCCUCUAAUGUGUUUAGUAAUACAGUUUAUGAGGUGCAAAAUUCUCUAAGCAAUACUGGAAGUGCAAUCACCACAUCAGUUUAUACUGUGCAGCACAACACUGUGCAUUUACCUGCAUAUGUUCAUAAUUAAUUUAAUAUUAAUUGUGCCUUCAUCAUUGCUUAAACCACAGCAGUUGAGGCUGCCAAGGCUAAUAAAUGGUGUAAAUAUUUAGUUGCCCAGGAGAAAUGCAGAUUUCUUCUGCAGCUAAUGAAACUUUGAAAAUACAAACAUUAGUUUGAACAUGUGUUUAUUCAUAGGAUUAUCACUUUGUUUCUUUACAAUGUGGUGCACAGGUGGUGCAGUGGUCAAAGUGCCUGUCCACAACCACAGAUACAGAGUUUGAUUCCCUGUAGCUGUUCCAAUGAACACAGUUUUUGGUGUUUGUGGUUGCUGGACCAAGCCCUGAUGCCAUGUGUCUAAGUGGCUUAAGUUACACACUACCUGUGCACCAACAAAAACUAUCAAUAAGCUGUGCAUCCUGACAAUAAAACGUCCUUUUUACUGUGUAUUUGUGAUGGUAAUGAAGCAAGAGGGAACUGGGAUACAAUGCAAUCUUCUUCAUUGUGGUUCUUGUGCAUUGACAAGUGAAUUGUAUCUGAUUUGCCAAGCAAAAAAAUCAACUCUCAGGUCACAUGUUAACUAACUUGCAGUAAGUUACAGGCAUAAUUUAGCAAUCCGACUACAUGGAUUGUUGCUCAUACAGGUCCUGGGUGCCAUAUGAUGUUUCCGUAGGAAAUAUAUCUAAACUUUUUCUGUUUGAUUGUGACCAGAUGUAAACAGGUUAAUCAUUUUAUACUGUUUCAAUUACCUCAAUAAACAAACAAAAAACAA